UUGCAUUCAUGUUGCACGAAUCAGACCAGACUGUACUGAUAUGAUUAAAGGCAGAAAGAAAAAAACUAAAGGAAAAUUAGAGAAAGAUCAAAGAAAGAAUAGGAAACAGGCGAGUGAAAGUAUAAUGCACAUUGUAAAAGCAUUACGUCAUUGUCUAUUUCAACAAGAAGCAAGGCCUCAAAGAGCUAAACUCUGACUUUCAGACUCUUAUCUGCCCACAAUUUCUUAUUUUGGGAGGAAGCUUUUACAGCCCGGGUUUAUAGCCCUCGCUACCUCCAAAUGGGGCCGUGACUGAGCGUGAUGACCUCACCCUGUUUCUACUAAACUCUCUCUAACUCCUUCCUCACCCCACCAGCUUUCUCACAGUCUGCAGGAUUCAGGGUUUGCAGGAGUCACAUUCUCCACAGUUCCUGCAGCUUGCCUCUCCAACUGCUCUCGACAGUCUCUCAAAGCCUAGAUGACCGUCAUCUGACAUUACACGUGGGUCGUUGACUUCUUUGCAUCCGAUUAACCAUGUUUUUCAGAUAUAUGGAUUUUUUCCCCUCCUUGGUGCUGUCAGAUGAUUAAAGCAAGAGAAGCAAUGAAGAGGAUCCAACCUUUCACCAUCGGGACCAAGUUAUCUGUUCCCACUGAGACCAGAUGUCCGGAUUAUGUAGGCAUCAUCCUUCCCGUCCCGGCUGAGGAUUGCUAUGAACAGAGAAACGAGUCAAACGAUGAAACUUCUACUUGCUGUCAAGAAAGUAGAACACCCCACAAGUCUGCACCUAUGGAUGAUGUUUCAGAGGAGGAUAUAAAGGAAGACGAUAGAGACUCUGCUUCUCCACCAGCUUCAUCUAGAUCUAUCAGAAAGAUCGCUAUGUGUGGGAAUACGGAGAGCCAGGGGAACGAUCAUGUCUCUUACUGUUACGAGGCGAACAAUGCGGUUAGCUCGAAUGAAAUGCUGUUUGCUGUUGAGGAAGGAUUGAGUGACAGGUCUGCUUCACAGCUGGAGACUGAUCCAUGGACUAGAGGAAGGAAGAUAAGGAACCUUGACUGCGAUUAUAGCAUGCCAGCAUUCCCACAUGAUCAACCGGAGGAUGCAUCUCACAGCCAGAGGAGAGACCUUAAAGACUUUGAGAACUCCCUGAUCCAACUGACGACGAGUCUGGACUUGUCUCAGGAGGAACCCAAAAUGUCUCAUCAAAAGAAAACAGAGGAUGGAGAUUUAGGACUGGAAAUGCUUAGAAGAAGACCGACCCCGGGCGACCACGUUGAUAGAUCGUGGGUGAAGCUGCGGUCACUUCUAAGAGACUACCAUCAGGAUCUCAUGUUGGCUCUGGAGGUCUCAUCAUUUUAUCAACAAGCCGACAACAUCAUCAGCGCCAUCGACUGCAAGAAGAACAGUCUAGUAAUGACGGACGUCCACAAAAGCAGUCAAGACAAGGAGACUCGAGAAAUGGCCUGUCAGAUUAACAUGCUGAACGAGUCUGCGUCUCGCCUGUCAAAUAUCCACCCAACCCUGGCCAGAAGAGUUACACUCAAACAGGCCGAGGUGAAGGAGAACUGGGCAUUUCUCCAGGAGGUUCUACGGAAUCAGAAGACAGAUGUGUGUACCAAACGCCCGUCAUCUUCACCCGAUCCUCUGACCACAUGCCCUGACUCACAGAGCUUUGCUAGAAAUGAGGGUCAUAGCGUAAUGGGAAAAGACGUCAAAGAAGAGCAGAACCGUCUCAGAGGAUUUGAGUGUUCUCAAGGCAUGUGGGCCCAGAGGAUGUGGAGUCCGACUGAGGAAUGUUCUGAAGGCUCACUGUCUAAAAGCAGCUGCUCCAAAUUGGACAGCAUCACAGAGAAACAGGACAUGGACAGGAAGAGCUCAUGUUUUCCUAGCUGUGUCAGCCAGAUGCCUGAAACAACUCCUAAUCCCUCAAAUAAACAUCUCGUACCCUGCAAUAUGUCGAACGAGUUGACAGCAUCUAGUGCAAUGGCUCAUCUUUGUUUGAAGGACAACACGAUUGUGAGUGAUGGAGAAGACCAUGACUGCUUCAAACAAAGUCAAGACCAUAAAUUGGAAGAACUUCUAGGCCAGGUGGAGGUCCUCUGGGAUGCUCUGCAGAAGAAAUAUGGAGAGAACGAUGAGAUUAAACCAGAUGAAAAAGAACCUACCGGAAAUAAGCCUGAUCCAAUGACGCCAGAUUUCCAACUUUCUAACUAUCUCCCAGAAACUGUAGAUGAGGGCAAUUCUGGGAUGCUUGCAAAGUUCCUUGAACUCCUGGAUCCCAGUGGUUAUAACAAAAUGAGUCAGGAUGUUCCCAAAACUCAUAAUAGCCCAGAAAUGGCUGAAGCUACAGAAAUGUCAACUGAUCUGCUGGGUCGCCAAACUGAUGGAGAAACAUCACUGAAGUUUGACCAAACUUCAGAAGAGCUACAGAUCUCGCUGUCUACUCUAACACUACGUAUAAACCAGCAUCUCUCCCGCUGUGCUGAGCUCAGUAUGGAUCUCCUGGAUAUUGAAACGGACAAGGCGGUGCUGUGUGACCCUGACCUGAGUGGACUUGAUGGGCUACAGGAGCAGCAAGAUGACCUAGAGGCUCACUUUCACAUCAUUGAGGGAGAGGUGAAAGAGAUGGAGAGACUAGCCAGUCAGAUACAGGCUCUUCCUUCAGAACAGAGAGAUCCUCUCAGAGAAGAAGUUCAGGCGAUCCUGCAGGCCUGGGAGGAAGUAGGUCGCAACAUGGUGGAGAACAGAGGUCGCCUGGAGAAGUUUCAUCAGAUUCAGGACUAUUUUGAAAGCUAUCUCGCAAUGAUUACAUGUACUGAAAACAUCAGGUCCUAUAUUCUUGCCGGCAGCUCUGCUUGGAGAGAGAGUGAAGUUACAGAGAUUGAUUGCAGCAUUGAAACGAAGCUGGAUGAGUUUAGCAAACUGGCUACAGCUGGUCAAAUGCUUGUGCAAGAAGAGAGUCAGUUUAAAAACAUUAUCAAAGAGAGGACAGAUGAGCUGCAAAGCAUGCUGGGAUGGAUCCAGGUCAACUGGCGUGCUCAGAGAGAGCAGCUCGAAGGAGAGCAGAAUGUGAAACGAGAGGAGACAAAUGAUGCUGUCCAUCAGGAGGUUACUGCCUUCCCGCUCCAAAAUCUUUCAUCUGAAAAUCUGUGCCUUAAAAACACAGAGGUUGCAGGUGGUUCGAUUAUAACACAGCCCUCUCAAAACAGUUUCGAGCAUCAUAGGAAGCAUGAUGUAUCCAGUGUUGUCAGUCAGGAGUCCUGUCUUGCAAAAACAUCCCUAGGUUCGAGCAUCUGUCUCAUUUUGAGCUUUGAUGAACAGUCUUCAGGCAUCAACCAAGUGACCAAACAAUGGUCACCCAACAAUACCGACAUUUCUUUACCAACCCAAAGUAAAGAACACACUGGCGAGUCAACAAGUGAUGUUCAGGUGAACAGCGGACUUGACAGCAACUCGAUUCCAAUGCAGCAAUCCCUAGAAAUGCGUCAGGUGAGAUGGCCAAAUGGAUCAAUCAUCAGUACAGAACCCGAACAGAAGUCACCCUGUGGGAAUCUAGACCAAAAAUUAAAUAACCAACUCCAAUCACCAAACAAAGAAGCAUCCAGUGAUGUGUUUCCUGCUAACAUUCAACGUUCAUUGUGCAACCACGUAGAAGCUAGUCUUCCGUUGUCGGACAGCAACAAAACACACUCGAAGCUCUCGUCAGAUAUGCAAAAGCCUGAGCCGUCAGUCACCCAAGAAGCGCAAAACCAAGAGUCGCAAUCAUCAUACAGAAAUCUAGAAGAGAAUCAACAUUCGACAUCAAACAAAAUCGACCACCUGCGGAAUGAAGUGUCAGCUGAAGUCACUCACAGAGUGUUCACAUAUUUGCAUGUGUCAGAUGUCAAAUCUGCAGUUUCCCCAUCGCCACACACAACCUCUCCCGUGUCUCCAGCGUCCACGUCUUCAGCACAUUCGUCCUCUGUACUCGUGCAUCACGUCACAUGUGAAGAAAAGAAGGUUUGUAACCACAACACAUUUAAAGCCAGUUGUGCGUUCACAUCCAAAGAGCCAAUCAGAAGUGAGGCAGAGCAGCGAAGGCGUUCCACGCUCGGCAUCGUUGGAUUGGAAAGGUCUGGAAAAACGAGCAUUUUCAGGCAAAGGUGUAACACUUGGCCGGAAGGGGAGAGGAAAGGGAAGGAAAGUCAAUCAGAUGGCAAACUUCAGGUUUUUGUUAAAAAGAACAUGGCGGAUUUUGUCAUUAAAGACAAGGCAAACAAUCGUACUUUUCUAAGAGACACCGCAGCUCCUAAUGCUAUCAAGAUUCAGUCAAGUGGGCCGGCUAAAAACAUCUGCUCUUAUCUGUCUCUGGGAUCCACAAUUAGCUUCUGUCUUCCCAAUCGUUUCCAAAGCAACGCUUCAGAACUGGAAAACAAAGUGGAACCUGAUGUGAUUUAUAAUAACACGUGUGAUUUAAAGAACAAGUCAUUACCUUUAGCUCAAAGUCCAACAGAGAUGAGUGCUUCACAUCAAGCCAUGGAGACUGAUCCAGAACAUACUAAAGUUCUCCCGAGUUCCAGUUGUAAAGUUAAGUAUUCAGAAGAUUUAGAAGAACCAACCACUGAAGUCGAGACCCAAGAGUUAGAUCAAAUGUAUGACGGCACAGAGCCUGUCUUGAUGCAAGAGGAGGUCCAAACAACCAUUGAGUGCUCUCAAUCGACAUAUAAAGACAUUGAUAAACAUAAAUGUAAUGAUUCCUCUAGCCAACGCCAGGCUUGCAGCUCACCUUCAGCCAUUCAAUGCAGUCCAUCGAGUUCCUCUUCUUCAUGUGGUCAUAAAUGCCUUAGUGUUCACACCAAAAUAAAAGACCUGAAUGGUCACUUAUACUUUUCCUCCAAAUAUAUAAAGAUAAACUCCCCAGCAAAUGGCCCACAGGUUUGGUCUAAUGGGCUGUGGGACACUGGAUCUGCUAGGAGCGCUCGUAUCAUAAACUGUGGUGUGAGAGACUGUGCGGUGUGUUUUAGUGACAUUCAUAAAGAGUCUGAAGAUGUAGGAGAACCCUAUGCAGGGAUAUCUGACGGCAUAGAGGGCCUUCUUCAGCCGGGCCACUGGCUUUUCCAACAGGAGGAAGAGGAACUGGAAGAUAUCUGGAGAGGAAAAAUGGGUAACCUGACAUCAAACUGUACUUUGGAGAGAAAUGUGGAUGAGGAAAAAGGGUUAUCAAUCACAACCAACAGGGGACAGGUAACUCUCCCACUACAUGCAUGAGAUGGGUUAUUUUGGACGUUACCCACACACAUCAUUGGGAAAAUGGAUUAUUGUGGACCCUGCCGUUUCACAGGGUUGUUUUGGACACCUCAUAUUUUACCUGCUGUAUAUUUUUAUGCUAUACAUGAAUUAUUUUAUUUGAUGUCUCUUGUUGUUUUUUUAAAGUAGUAAAUGAAUGCAAGACUAUCAGUGUGGUAAACUGAAUGCACACCUUAAAGUUUAUUACAGUUAUGUGUAAUAUAAACAAUAGACACAAUUGUCAUUUGAAAUUGUCAUUGCUUUUUCCCAACACCAGAGGGAACCCGUGUCACACUUGUGAGAACUUGAUAAGCGCGGACGAUGGGACAAAAUUUAAACAUGGUUUUUACUGUAACCAUAAUUUAACUGUGGUAUUUUUAGUAAAAACAUAGUAAUCACAAAUUUACCACUGUCUCACUAUAGUAACUAUAUCUUAACAUUGAUAUUUGUAGUAAAACAAAUUGUAAAACAAAUUGUAAUUAAUAGGCUACGCCAAAUCGUGGGAUAACUACACUUGUACUAUAAUAAAACCACGGGUGGUUUUAUUAAGAAAGUCCGUGUACAGUAAAAUGCACUUUUAUUCAACUAACAACAGAAUUAGACCCAAAAAAGUUACAUAUAAAAAGAUGAAAGAUGCUUGCAUAUAAACAUACGGUCUCCGAUAUAUGAUGUGCACGUAUGAUAAAGCAGAUAUAUAAACACAGUUUGUAAAUCACUCUCAUGCACACAUGCUAUUGAAUUAUUAAUGUAUUUCGGUGAUUAUAAAAUGAUGUUAAUCUUCAUACGUCCUUUUACUGUUUUGCACAAAAUAAAACGAACUG